AGUGAGCGAGAGAAGCACGAGCAGGUUGAGGUCCAGAAGGAGAAGCAGAGAGAGCUGAUCCUGCAGCUCAAGACGCAGCUGGAUGACCUGGAGACGUUCGCUUACCAGGAGGGCAGCUAUGACUCCCUGCCACAGUCUGUGGUCAUUGUAAGGCUCGCAGAGUCCUUCUGCCAGUGUUUCUGCUUCGUGUUUAUGAUCAUAAAUGAGUUGAUAAAGAAGCUGGACAUGGACCUGAGUGAAGACAUUGCAACGCUCUCUCCAGAGGAAUUGCGGCAGCGUGUGGAUGCUGCCAUCGCACAGAUCGUUAACCCAGCCAGGGUGAAGGAGCAGCUGGUGGAACAACUCAAGACACAGAUAAGGGACCUCGAAAUGUUCAUCAACUUCAUUCAGGAUGAAGUUGGCAGCUCUGGUAAGGCGGAAGAUGGACACUGUGAAUGUGCAGGCAGAAAAGACGGCGGUGGCUCCAACAAAGCAAACACACGGCCCUCUGGAAAUAGAGUGAACCCAGAAGAUGCGAGAAAGAUGCGAGAAACGGGCCUGCACCUCAUGCGUCGCAUGCUUGCUGUGCUGCAGAUAUUUGCCGUCAGCCAGUUUGGUUGUGCUACUGGUCAGAUUCCUCGCACCCUCUGGCAGAAGGACCAAGCCAACAAGGACUAUUCCCCCUUAGUUAAGAAACUGGAGUUGUCAGUGGAGCGAGUGAGGCAGCUAGCUCUGAAACACCAGCAGGAUGACCACGUAAUCAGCUCCUCCAGCCUGCAGGACGUUCCCUUGGGAGGCAGGGAUGAGCUGACUCUGGCUGUGCGGAAGGAGUUGACCAUCGCCCUGCGAGACCUGCUGGCUCACGGGCUCUACGCCUCAUCUCAAGGGAUGAGCCUGGUGUUGUCUCCCAUCGCGUGCUUGAUUCCUGCGUUCACCUCAUCCCCGCAGACCAUGCACCCCUGGGAGCUCUUUGUGAAGUAUUACAAUGCCAAGAACGGACAGGCCUUUGUGGAAUCCCCAGCUCGCAAGCUCUCCCAGUCCUUUGCCUUGCCUGUGAUGGGAGGAGUGGCCAUCACCCCCAAGCAGAGCCUGCUGACGGCCAUUCACACCGUCCUCACGGAGCAUGACCCCUUCAAGCGCAGUGCGGACUCGGAGCUGAAGGCUCUGGUGUGUAUGGCGCUCAACGAGCAGCGCCUGGUCUCCUGGGUAAAUCUGAUCUGCAAAUCUGGAGCUCUGGUCCAGUCCCACUACCAGCCGUGGAGCUACAUGGCAAACACGGGCUUUGAGAGUGCGCUCAACGUGCUCAGUCGCCUGAGCAGCUUGAAAUUCAACCUCCCGGUUGACCUGGCUGUCCGGCAGCUGAAAAAUAUCAGAGAUGCUUUUUGAUGUAUUUUUAUUGUAGAUCAGCCAUUUUCCACGAGCAGGCAGCUGCUGG